GGAGCGAGAGGAGGAGCCGUCGGCGGCCGGGGCGCCUUGUUGCUAUGGGGAGACGGCGAGGGAGGGGGCGGCGUCGCCGCUGCUGCUGCUGCGCAGGGCAAGGGAAGCCAGAGGCAGCGGCGGCGGCGGCGGCAGCAGCUGCUGAUUCCUGACACAUCGCCCCCCCCUCGCUGCCAUAUUGCUGCCCCCUCCCCCUUUGCGCGAGCUUCAUGCGUACAGCCAACAAGAUUAAAUGGGUCCAGUAACUGGAAUGACUCCGGACAAGAAAGCUGAAACGCCGGGGGCAGAGAAAUCCGCGGGGCUGCGGCACAUCCAAAGAACGGGGAGCUUGCCGGAAGCGGUGGAUGCGGCUCGGCCGAAGGCCACGGCCGUGGAUAGCGAACUGGCCGACGACGAGCUCACAAACUUGAACUGGCUUCACGAAAGCACAAACCUCCUAACAAACUUCAGCCUCGGAAGUGAGGGUCUUCCGGUGGUUAGCCCCCUGUAUGACAUCGAGGGCGACAGUGUGCCAUCCUACCCUUCUUCCUGCUACUCCAACCCCGAGAAGAAAUCUGCCACAUCAAAGCCCCCUUAUUCCUUUAGUCUCCUCAUCUACAUGGCGAUAGAACAUUCGCCCAAUAAGAGCUUGCCGGUGAAAGAAAUCUACAGCUGGAUCCUGGAGCGCUUCCCGUAUUUUGCCACGGCCCCCACUGGCUGGAAGAACUCGGUCCGGCAUAAUCUUUCCUUGAACAAGUGUUUCCGGAAGGUGGAGAGAAGCCACGGCAAGGUGAAUGGAAAAGGUUCUUUGUGGUGUGUGGACCCAGAAUAUAAACCGAACCUAAUACAAGCCCUGAAGAAGCAGCCUUUCCCCUCUGCCUUUUUUUAUACCCCACCAGCAUCGCCUCUGAGUGGUUCACCUUCUCCUCACUACUUAACCUCAGUUUUGAAACAGAAUCAGGGUCGAUCUAUCAAAGACUCUGAUAUUGAUGCUGCUACUGCCAUGAUGCUCUUGAAUACUUCCAUUGAAGAAGGCAUUUUAGAUUGUAAGAAGCCGCAGCCUCUCAAGCUGUCCAAGAAAAGGAAUUACGUCAGCACGUUCCAAAGCCACGGCAAGGCAAGUCCAGGGGGAAGCAAUUUCCCUGUCCCCAACAUUGACCCCAACAAGGACCACAACUACAGUGCCAGCAGCGUGGCUUCGCAGCGCUGCGCGUCGCCCUCGAGUGUGUCUUCCCUGUCGUCCGUCGACGAGGUCUACGAGUUUGUCUCCGAGGCCAGCCGGGUGGGGAGCGAGGGCAGCGAAGGAUUCCACAGUGAGGUGGACACGGACGGAGACGACCGCGAAGAGGAGGACGACGACGACGACCCCCUGGCCGAUAGCGGCUACACCUCGCAGCCGUGCCUCGCCGCCUCGGACAAGGCCCAGCCUCGCAAGAAAGCCCUGGAGGAGCUCUGCCUAGAAAUCGACGAGGAACUGAAAGAGGCGGCCGGGUCUCUGCUUCAUCUAGCCGGGAUUAGCCCCUGUCUAGGCUCCCUCAUAAGUACUGCAAAGACCCAUAGCCAGAAACGAAGGAGAAAGAACGACGUCACGGCCUGAGAAGUGUGUUUGGGGGCGGGGUGGGUGGGAAGAUAACGUCUAUCAAUAGAGAUAAAUGCAUAUUUUAUUUUUUAGCGUGGCAAUACUCCUCUACUUUUUACCCUUCACAAGGGAGAUCAAAGCCAUAAAAGGACUUUUUGUUCAUGUAUUUUUAUUUUCACAGAUUAUAGUUUUGCAAUUUGUUUCUUUUUCUAAUUGCAAAAGCGGUGGUUUUGAAGCAUUGAAGAGCGGAUUACAAUUGUGCAAAACAGGUGGGGUGGGGGCAAACCAACCAACCAACCAACCAACACAGCAGUUCCUUCCCCCUGAUAAUUUUAGCAAAGUUGAAUAUUUGAGUUUAUUGGAGGAGUGGGUGCCAUUAUCUCUAUCAUCUCAUACCUUGUACAUCUCUAUGCGUUUGGAACCUGGGGGCUUCAUUUGACCUGUCUGAGUUCAUAGGGCUCUGCGCAGAGAACAGGGCAGCCAACCAAAUGUUGGGAGCUAGACUGCAGCUCCCUUCUGCCCUCACCAUUGGCUGUGCUGGCAGGGGUUGAUGGGAGUUGUAGUCCAACAGCAUCUGGAGGGCCACACACGCCCCAUUUCCUCCAGUGGGAGUGAAGAAUUGUGCCUUGCUUCCUGGCGCGCCUGUUCCGCAGCGAGGCCUGGUGUUUGUAUGUUACGGCGCAAUGUAAGUCCAAUGUGUAGCCUGUCUUUCUCUAAUUUUUUUAGGGGAGAGGGUGGAGUGGAUGCUGUGCAUGCAUUGAACUCUACACAUGUAGUUCUCAGCCUGCAUAAUUUUUGGCCCUCAAAAAUCAGUCGGUGGAGAUCAAGCAGGAUAAGGCUACGUGGACUGUCUCCUGUUCCGGAUUGACAUGCAAUUCACAAAUCCCAGGUGGGACUGAAAGUGGAGGGAGGUGAAUUGGGAGCAGGAGAAUAAGCAGGCGCAAUCCUGCCACCCCCCUCUCUGUGCCCACAGGCUCCUACCUCUGUCGGUUCUAGACCAGGUGUAGCCAACAUGCUGCUCUUCCAGUUUUGGACUACAUCUGCCACCCUCCUUGAUCAAAGUCCAUGCUGGUUGGGGCUGAUGGAACUUGGGAGUCCAGAAAGAACGGAAGGGCAUGGAGUUGAUUAUCCCUGAGCUAAGCUGCGUGGCUGGUUCUGACACCUUCACGUGUUCUGAUUUAAGUAUCGAGAAACGCAGGAUAACGUCUACCAGCUUUCAGCUUGGCUUCCGUUGUUGCGUAAUUGUCUCAUGUGCGAGUCGAGGGUCUGGAAUAACCUGAAUAUUUGACAACUGCCAUCGUGGGCCAGUUAUCGAUUGACUGGUGUCUGCAAUGAUAGCACAGG